AUGAGGUUAGGCGAAUGCCCCGAGCGGAUUCAGAAGGCAAUCGGAGCAGCCAAAGAACGCCAGGAGAAUCAGACCGACGGACCGAUCCGGAUCACCAUUGAUGCAGUGGGUGGCAUCGGAGGAUCCCCAGACACGAAUACCAGUCCGGAAGAUGGCGAUAUAAAUGAAGAUGAACUGGACAGCUAUUGGGACGUCAUCACCAGAGAGGUAGGUGGUGAGUUGAACUGGAAAGAAGACGAAGAUAGGCAGUAUGUCGCGGAUCUGGAGGAGGAUUCGGAAAGCUAG